UCUCCCUAUAAAUCAGUGCUUCUCAGCAAAUACAGAAUUUAUUUCAAAUAUCCAGAAAAUUAAAUUAAAAACUAUAUAUAUAUUUCAAUUACUUCUCUCCUUCGAUCAAUGGCGUACUACACAUUGAAGUUAGCAAAUCCAGUCGUACUUCGAUUGAAUCAUAUGAUGAUUGCUUCCGUCAUCAUCUUCAUCUUUGGCUUUUCUUCUGUAAAUGUCCAUUCUCUCAACAUUGGUCUUCACGCACAUGCAGACCUUAGCUUGUUUAAACAGUGCAGUAGAAAGUGCGAAUCAAUGUUCUGUGAAGCUCCGCCAUUUUUGAGAUAUGGAAAAUACUGCGGCCUGUUAUACACCGGCUGCCCCGGUGAGCAGCCUUGUGACCGAUUGGACUCGUGCUGUAUGCAUCAUGAUCAGUGUAUUGCCAAAAUGAAUAAUGAUUACUUGAGCCAGCAGUGCAACAAAGAAUUUCUCAAGUGUGUGGACGUGUACAAGAGAUCUGGUGCACCCUCAUUCAAAGGGAAUACUUGUGAUACUGAUGAAGUUAUCAAAUCCAUUGAUAAUGCUAUCAAAGCUGCUGUUCUUGCUGGAAAAGUUUUUGGUAAACCUUAAAAAUAUGUAUUCUGUAGAUAAUUUUUAUUUAAUUUUAAUGAAGUUUUAUUUCAUCGAAUAUUUAAUUAUCGUUGUGUUUAUUUUUCAUUAAGUUCGUUUUAGUUUCUAUUGGUCUUAAAAAAAUUGGGAAGUAUUUAUAAUUUCAA